AUGUCAGAAACUGGCAUUGGUCAAAACUCGUAUAGCUCUUUUAUUGGAUCUCAAAAUCAGGUGCACGGAUACAGCAUGCCGUCGUCGCGCAGGAAGGUCAGUGCAAGGUGUGCAAGUUUGUUGGGCACAACUCUCAAGAGAAGGAUUCAACGCACGGAGAGGGAGCUUAUUCCUCAAGUCUUUCGAUUCGAAGACCCAUUCUCAUCUAGUCCCCAGCUGCUCAUCAACAGGCUUCCCACCACGUACACAGAGAGCAACCAAGACAUUCUGGAAAGUUUUGUGUACCCCGAAAGCAUGGACUCGCAGGAUCAGUACCUGGCAAAUUAUUCUCCUACAUACUACGAUAAUGGUGUCGUGACUUCCCCUUCCGAUGGGUCCAAGCCCUCCAGUCCAUCGUCUGUGGGCUCAUACGAUUCCGUUCCAUCGCCCCAGGCUGUAAGCCGAAAGGAGCUCAACAGAAGUCGCAAGAAUGCAGCAGGAGUUAGUUGGUGGCAAGACAUGGUCGAGGCUCAAAGUGGAUUCCCAGUAGCUGAGAGAAACUGCAAGAAAUCCCGAAAUCUACCGUCUGUUGCUAGGAACGACCCUGCGCCAUCGGACACUUUCGCUGUCGAGGGCCUAUCUCCGGACAUGGACUCGCAAGGGAUCUUGCUUCAUGGAGUGAAGAGCGGGAUUCCCGUGGCAGCAAAGCUCUUGGAAUCUUACAAGAGGAGGCAGCUAAUAUUGAAGAAUCUGCUUUCGAAACACCCAGACACAAGUGCCAUCUGGACUAAAGAGGAGAUUGAGGAAUUCGACGGUGCGGUGCCCACUUAUGAGUUCAACAAUCUUGCCUUUCCGAGCCAGUUUGAGCUGGAGAAGAUGAGUGCGACCACCAGAGAUCUCUGGAAAUGCUUCAUCGAGCAGCACAGCAAGCUGCGAAGUGUCGAAAGUUUGAGCUCAGAGAAGGAAGCCACGACGAACACUGUUGUUGAACGAUCGCCCUGCGAUGUGCAGAAUGAGGUGAUUGACAGCGGAAAGAACUUUGAGGCGAUAAAGGACGUGAAUGCGGCAACGUCUGUUGAUGAGUCAAACAAUUUUGCGUGGUCGUCGGAGCCAGUCGAUUCUCAGUUUAUCAGUGAGACAAACCCUGUUUUCGAGGACGAAGACCUCAGCUUGCUGUGGGAGUGUAACAAUGUCAACGACCCAGCCCUGGCAGGAAUGUAA